CAUGAUCAGGUUUAAAUAAUUAUGUCUGCCAGAGUCUACUAAGAUUUGAACUUGUAUGAAAGACACACAAAUCGAAUUCAUGAAGUUAAAUUGUACUUCUUUUGAGUAAAAAUGACAUAUAUCUCAAAAUCAUAGAAUUUUUUUUUUAUCUACAGCAGCAGUUUUACUCCACAUACAGUAAAGUCUUCAUGUAAAAUCUAUCGGAUCUCGGGUUCAUAUUGAGUUUGAAGGAGUUCUCAGGAAAUUGUUGUACUGAUCCAAUCCUCCGUAGAGAAAUAUAUUAAUUUAACACAUUUAUCUAAGCAGUCAUAAAGAAACUAUCCACGUUAGAAUAUUCAUCCUUUUGCUCAACAUACUAACACCAAUUUUAUGCCUAACAAAUGCACAAAAGAAAUCAAAUAACCUCAUCUAACACCAAACACUUUGGACGAUAGACAAAGAUUGAUUAAGGGCAUUGCUAGAAAAAGAAUAAUUUUUUAUUUGAGAUGUCAAGAUAUUUUCUGUUAUGACUUGGAACAUAUUUCAUUUGGAAUGGCAGACAAAAAUAAAAUUUAAUGUAUUGGACUUGUACAAGUAUGCAAAUAUGUAUAGUGCCUUAAAUAUUAUGGGUUGGAAAUACAUGUUAAUUACUUUGGGAUAACCCCAAGAAAGACAGAUUUCUGGACAGGGAUGAAAAUUUAGAUUUUUCAGGAACCUGAUGUUCAGUGGUUGUCGUUUGUUGAUUUGGUUCAUAAGUAUUUCUCGUUUCUCGUUUUUUUUAUAUAGAUUAGACCGUUGGUUUUCCUGUUUGAAUGGUUUUACACUAGUAAUUUUUGGGGCCCUUUAUAGUUUGCUGUUCGGUGUGAGCCAAGGCUUUGUGUUGAAGGCUGUACUUUGACCUAUAAUGGUUUUACUUUUACAAAUUGUGACUUGGAUGGAGAGUUUUCUCAUUGGCACUCAUACCACAUCUUCUUAUAUCUUUUUAUACUGUAAAAUUACAAAAUUUUUAUUUUGAAAUUUUUUAAGUUAAACCUAAUGAAACUUCCAAUUUUCAUGGCCCUGCUGCUGCAUUAUAACAUAUAGAUUUCCCAAAAUAUUAUUUGAGACAUAUUUAGAAAUAUGAAUUUGAUAAAUUUUUCAUUAAAAAUUUUGUCUCCAAAACUUAAGUUUUUAUAACUGUAAAAGAAAAUGUACAUGUCAGGGAUAAUCUCUAGCUUGAUCCCAUAUUUUGCAGCUUUUUGGUUGUUCAGAUGGAUCGUUACAGUUUGUCUUUCAGAAUGUUGACAGUUCUUUGAUAAAUUAUGGGAAGUCUGUGGGUAUAGGGCUGACAUAUGCCUACCUAAAUGAUGUGAUUUGUUAUUGUUUUUUUAUGGAUUACAUGGUUCUGUUGUGAUUGUUCAAUUAGUUUCUUGACUAUGAAACCUUAUAUGCUGCUCAGAUAAUGUUGUCAAGAAAAACAUUUGGCUUUUCCAUAUUGAACUUGGAAAGCCUACAGAAAUUUAAACUAACAACAGCGCUGUAUGAGGAAAACAUCAAAUCAUAGAAACUCAAGACAAGCAACAAAAAAAUAACCAAAAGAAAAUGACGAGGAAAUGUAGAGAACUUAUUUUAAUUAGAUUGUUAAUCAUCCUGUUAUUCAAAAUGUUGUAUAAAACUCUCUGGAAAAAAUUUUGCAAUGUUAAAAAAAUUGUAAAUCAGGUUUUCAAAGCAGAAAUGUUUAUUGGUUGAGUGAAGAUAGUAUUUUGAAAUACCCACCAAAUCUGGAUGGGAACUUGGUUGAAAUGCAUGUUCAAAAUACAGAAAAUUAAACCAAGAAAAUAUUGUGAUAUUUUGAAAUUUUUUAUCUUAGAAGGUCUGAAAAACUGCUUUUCUUUGGACUGAAUCUGAAGACACCUGGAGACCUCACAAAAAAAUACUUUUUCAUAUAUAAUACAUGUGUUCUUUUUGAAAAAAAAAGAUAAAAAUCUUUGUAAGAGAGACUGGGAUAUGAAUUUGUGAUCUCUUUACUUCUUAGUUUUUGUAGUUAUUUAUUUAAUUUUCUUCUUGUUACUUCAUAUUCUGUAGGUCUACUGGACAGCUAUGGUCAGUAAAACCACCUAGAAUUCACCUGUCAUCUUACCUGACUGGAGGUUUAAAGAAGUUAUACCAUCAUCUGAAGAAUGACUGCCUUAGUCUACCAGUGUACAGUUAGUCAAUCUAGUAUAUUACAGUGAAAAUAUUUGUCAUAAAUGAACAUUUAUUAAAAAAAGAAAUGGAAUUAAUUAUAAAUUUGACUUUCAAAAUUUAUCCUUGUAGCUCCACUAAUCUUUCAGAAUUUGCUGGAAGAGCAUCUAAUCAGCUGAGAUAUUUUCAAUGUCUCCUCUGAAACUAUUGAGCCAAAUUUAACUGUACUUUCAAAUCAUAUCUGGCUGCUGUAGGCCAAAUUUUUAUAAAAAAUAUUUUCUGUCUAGUGGGAGAAUAAAAGAGAAGGUAGGAAGGUAAAAUUAUUUUAUUUUCUUAAAUACUUACAUAGACUAAAUAGGGAAAUAUAAUAGACUUUAACUGUGCUCAUGCAAAAUUGACUUGACUUAAAUAGUGCUUAACAAAAACGUUUAUAAAAUGUGUCGGAGUAGAUAUGAAAAUAGGAAAAAUUUUCAUAAAAUGUUUAAGGAGUGGUAGAGGCAGGAAAAAAACACUAUUUUUGUUCUUGCGUUAUCUAUUACCGAUAUCUGUUAAGUUGUUUCCAAUGUAACAUCAAUUAAUGAUUCUUUUCCAGGGAAGGGACAAUUUACAAAUGAUGAAGGUCACUUCUACAUUAGUGGAUCCUGUGUUAUGGCCUCCAGAUAUAGGAUAAUAGACCUCAUAAGUGAGAAAGGCCAGUCAGGCGUGUUGUUAAGGGCAGAGGACAUGUUUAAAGAAGACACAAUUGUAGUUAUUAAAGUCCUCCACACAACAUUUUCCCAACUAGGCAUUCAGGAAACCCUCUGCUUACAACAACUACGAAAUGUAGAUCCUGAUAACAUCUCACAUACACUCAGACUUUUGAAUAUUUUCACAUUUGAUGAUCAUUACUGCAUGGUAUUUGAAGCUUUAUAUCCAGAACCGAUCAAUCAGAUAUUUCAUCAAAUUUCUAGAGAUAAGUUAAUACCAAGCAUAAGGAAGGUAACCAUCAGACUGUUGACCAUUCUGGGUUUUCUACAACAACAAAAUAUUAUCCAUGCUGAUUUGAAACCUGAUAAUAUUUUAUUAAAAAAAAAGGAUGACCUUGGAUCAUUGAAGGUUAUAGAUUUUGGAAAUGCCAUCCAUCACAUACAUAAAGAGGUUUCUCUUUACUAUGAAGAUUUUCAGGUUCAAACACCACUCUAUAGAGCACCUGAGGUAAUAUUUGGUAUUCCAUUUGGCUCAGAAAUAGAUAUUUGGUCAGUUGGAUGUAUCUUGGCAGAAUUGUAUGCUGGGAAACCACUGUUUCUUGGUAGUGAUGAGAAAUCCAUUGUUAAAAAGAUGACUGAGAUCUUAGGAUUACUACCUACUAAUGUAUUCCAGAAAGGGAAAUAUUACAGCGAGUUGAAGAGUUUCACCGGAACUAACACGCAGGAAAAUGUCUGUCAGGAUUUAAUGGAUCACCUUAAGUGUAGAGAUUACAAGUUUUGUUCUUUUUUGGCUGGCUGUUUGCAGUAUAAUCCAGACAAAAGAUUUAAACCAAGAGAAGCAGCCCUGCAUCCGUUUCUAGCAUCUGAGCUUCCUAUAGGAUUUCUUAUGGGGUCCAAUACAGACAAAAUAUAUCCUUCAGUGUAUGUACCACAUUACAGCCACAGUCCUCAUGUGGCAUCAGAUAUACAGAGAAGUCAGCCUUCCUCCUUGGAUUUAUUGAAAUUAGGAACAUCUAUAGUGGAUACCGAUAAAAAGUGUCUUCAGUCUGAAUUGACAAAAACAGUCAGUAGUGAUCGUAACUAUGGAGCCAUGUCUGAGGAAAGAAAAUCCUCAAAUAGCAAAAAUUUGAGACCAGGAUCAAAGAUGUAUGAAUUGUCAAAUGUAAGAAACAAGGGAAGACAAAGGUCCUUGGAUAUUGCAGAACAAAGUGGAUAUCAAACAAAGGAACUCGAUAAAACAUAUACUGUUAGAAGCAACAGUUUCAGUAGUAGAGUUGUCAGUGAUAAGUGCAUGACUGAAAUUUCACGGCAAAUUGAUAUGAAAAGAGAUAAUUGUAGGAAAUCUUUAAGUAAUGCCUUUAAAGAAAAGAAUGAGGAUUCUAAUUGUUUACAUCCCGUGGUUUAUAAAAAUUCUGAUGAUGGAAAUGUCAUCAAACAAAAACAGCAAAUUAAACUGACGACAUCUGACAAAACUGAAAGAUUAACUUCAGCUGAAACUGGUCUAUCAAUGUCUGACAAAACUGGUAGAUUAACAUCUGAUCAAGAAGGAAGAAUAUCUUCAAGUUCUGCAAGGAAACCAAAAAUUGCUAAUAAUACAAUUGAAAGAGAUAUCAGUCCAAGUGUUGAAUCCAUAACUAUGGAAAGGGAGGGGAAUUGUAUUCAAACAGGGGAAGCAGAUGCAAAUAGAUACUUAAACAUUGAAGGUAAAAGAUCUUUAGUAAACAGUGCAAAUGAAAAAUUCAGAAAGAGACUUAUGUUUUCUGAGGCUUUAAAACCUAGAAAGACUGCUUUUUCACUUAACAAAGACAGAGAGAAAACAAGAGAGAAGAAAAAGUUUGUUCGUGCUAGCAAAAAACUAGUUGAAGAUUUUAUUGGAGACAAAAAUCCAGUUGAAAAAAAUUGUAAUGUAGACAAAUUACAAGUUGGUGAUAGUUUUAUUGCAGAGGAUGAUAAGAACUCAAUUGAUCCUUAUGAAUAUGAAAUGACUCCAGAUGCAAAGAGAGGUUUUAUCAACAUGCAAAGAAAAGAGGAAAGAAAAAGAGUGAAAUCGGCUAAUGAUAAGGAAGAGUUGGCAGCUAGUAUGACAAAAAAAUCUGGACCCCGCAAAACUGUUAAUGAGAAAUCAGACACCAAGCAGACUGUCAGUAAAAAAUCAGGGGCUGCUUAUGGUGCUAAUGGAAAUUCUGAUUCAGAUGAGGAAGUGAUGUUGCUAAGUAUUUGA